AUGUUUCAGGCGAACUUUCCGGCGGUUGAAUUCCACCACAAACUCCCCAACCCUCUCAAUAUCAUUAACAGAUGUCUUAUUUCGAUCCAAAUCCUCAACAUUUGGCUAUUCAUCGUCUUCCUCGCAACUCCGGGUCUCUUCAUUUACGUCGCUCUUCGCAAUUCCUUGCCGUUCUCCUCGUACAGAACCACCGGCGUCUCCGUCAGAGUUCAGAAAAUCGCCGGAGAAGACGAAACAAUCGCUCAGCCGCUUUACACUGAAGAAUGCCCUUACGGCCGAGUGUACGUCCACGAUCUUCCGCCGGCGUUCAACGAGGACCUGCUCGUCUACAACUGCAGCGAUUUGGAUCCAUGGAAUUGGGUGUGCGGGAUCGCCGUCGACGGCGGCUACGGCCGCCGCGCCACCGAGCUCAGCCGCAUCCUCCCGGAGGAUCUCGCCGAUUUAUGGCACCGCACUAAUCAAUUCUCUCUGGAAUUGAUUUUCCACCGUCGGAUCCUUCAUUACGCCUGCCGCACGGCGGAUCACCGGUCCGCCGCCGCGUUCUACAUCCCGUUCUACGCCGGACUCGCCGUCGGAAAACACCUCCGGUCCGUCGAUCCGUCCGUCCGCGAUUCCGAUUGCCGAUCGAUGAUCCGUUGGAUCAUGAGCCAGAAGCACUGGAACGAUUAUCUCUACGGCGUGGAUCAUUUCACGGCGAUCGGGAGGAUCACGUGGGACUUCCGGCGGAUGACGGAGCCGGAGCAGAAGUGGGGAUCGGCGUUUCUGAACAUGCCGGAGAUGAAGAAGAUCCGACGGCUGAUAAUCGAGAAGGCAUGGGACGACGACUACGACGUAGGUGCACCGUACCCCACCGGAUUCCACCCCACCACCGGGAAAGAUCUCCACCGUUGGAUGGCUUUCGCGCGUGACUACAAUCGCUCCACCCUCUCCACCUUCAUUGCUGGGGUCCACGGCGCAUCCUCCCAAGGGUUCCGUACGGUUCUACACGAUUACUGCCGCAACGAAUCGUCCGGUUCGUGCCGGCUCGUCGACUGCAACCCGGUUCAAUGCUCGACCGACACUUCAUUGGUUAUACAACCGCUUUUAGAGUCCGAGUUUUGCCUGGAACCGUUAGGGGACGGGUUCACCGGCCGGACGGUUUUUGAGUGCAUGAUAGCCGGUUCGAUACCGGUUUUCUUCUGGAAGGGGUCGAGUUUUGAUCAGUACAGUGGGUUCUGGCCGGCCGAUCCGGAGAGCUUCUCGGUUUUCAUUGAACCGGAUGUAAUAAGAAAUGGGAGUUCUUCAAUAAAGCAAGAAUUGGUGAAAUACAGGAAAGAAAUUACGCAGAAAAGGGAGAAAGUUAUAGAGGCAAUUCCAAGAAUAAUUUAUGGGAAUCCUAAAAUGGGAUUAUUGGAUUUUAGGGAUGCUUUUGAUUUUGCUGUUGAUAGGGUUUUGGAGAGUAUAAAGAAGGAAAAACAAUCACUUAAUUUACUUAUGCUAUGA